AUGGGCGGCAGCGAUUUGGACUACCUCCAGGAGCUCAUCGCGAUCCAGUCGGGAGGGCCGAAAAACAUCGGGUUCUUCGGCACGCGCAACAUGGGCUUCCUCCAUCAGCAACUCGUGGAGAUCCUCUCCUACGCGCUCGUGUUGACGGAGAAUCACAUCUACACCUCGGGCGCGACGGGGACGAACGCGGCGGUGAUCCGCGGCGCGCUGCGCGCGGAGAAGCCGGAUCUACUCACCGUGCUGCUCCCGCAGUCUCUGAGUAAACAGCCGGAGGAGAGCCAAGAGCUUCUGGAGAAGGUGCGAGAGGGCGGGAGCGAGGUGAUCUUCAACGAGGACAACGACCACCUGCCGCUCGGGGAGGCGAGUCGGAUAUGCAACGACGACAUCCUGACGCGCGUGCAGCAGGUGAUCUGCUUCGCGUUUCACGACUCGAACUUACUGUUGGACACGUGUCGGGAGGCGAAGAUGGCGCGGAAGAUCGUGACGUUGUUUUACCUCGACUGA